ACAGUUUCUAACCAUAUCCAACGGGUUUAACAAUCUCUGUCUAUUUACCAUCAAACACACUCACGCGGUUUCAGUAAACGUGAUUAAUGGUGAAAUGGGGGCUGGUUUAAGGCUUAUGAUGACUAAUGGAUCUUAAGCAGAUCGAAGGGUAUAAAUGCUCAUGGUUCGCCUCUCCAUGAUUCACAUUUGACACAGCUCUUAGAAUUCGAACACCUGUAUUUGAAUAUUAUUUCUUUAUUUAAAGACAUAGGAGAUUUUAAAAGCAGCAGAAAUGUCAGUAGUGAGCGCACUGCCUUUCCUGAAGCCUAUCCACAUGAGAGCUCCGAUCUCCCCUGGCCGCCAGCGCCGGCACACGCUCCCCGCCAGCGAGUUCCGCUCGCUCAACACUGAGGACGCUAUCAGUGUGUUCGAAAUAGAGAGAGAGGCUUUUAUAUCUGUUUCUGGGGAAUGUCCUCUUCAUCUGGAUGAGGUCCGACACUUCCUCACCCUCUGUCCUGAGCUUUCUUUGGGCUGGUUUGAACAGGGGAGGCUUGUUGCUUUUAUCAUUGGAUCACUCUGGGACCAGGACCGUCUUACCAAUGAUGCACUGACCCUUCAUAAGCCUCAUGGGACUACUGUCCAUAUCCAUGUGCUGGCAGUCCACCGGACCUUCCGCCAGCAGGGAAAAGGAUCCAUCCUCUUGUGGCGUUACUUGCAGUAUCUGCGCUGUCUGCCAUAUGUCCGCCGUGCUGUGCUCAUGUGUGAGGACUUCCUGGUGCCCUUCUACCAGAAGUCUGGCUUUAAAGGGCAGGGUCCUUCUGAAAUCACUGUAGGGCCACUUACCUUCAUCGAGAUGUAUUAUCCUGUACGGGGACAUGCAUUCAUGCGUCGUAACAGUGGCUGUUAAGGGAUCACUAGUCGUGGAUCAUUUUGUUUCCCCAAAAGGCCAACGUGUGAAGCAGUUGGUGUGUUGAAGCAGCUUUUGGUUUUGGUGUAGAUAUUGUGUAGUUAUACUUGUGUCCACUUUUGUAAGACUUUAUUCAGUUUAGCAAAGAUGGUUAAAAACAUUUUUUUUUUUUUUUUUUAAAGAAAAGAAAAAGGGAACAUUAUAGCAAACUGCAUCCCACCCUUUUUUCAACCAUAACAGUGAUGGCUAAUAUUUAUUAUUAUUUUAAUUCAUCAUGUCUUUUUCCUCAAAGUCAGGUUAUCUAAUACAGUGGUUCUCAAACCUGUCCUGGGGACCCCCCACCACUGCACAUUUUGCAUGUCUCCCUCAUCUAACACACCCAA